UUCUGUUUUUAGAGCAAGCAGCCAGCAGCAGCGUCACAUGUUGUUUUUCUCCUGGAUCUGAUCUAGUCUCCCCCAUUUGGUCCUGGUCCCCGCACUGCUGUGGAUGACAGCAAUCGGUGUUAAAUGGAUUCGAUUUGAAAAAACGGGUGAUCUUUAAGUUUGCUUCGAGUUUUUUCUUCUCUUCUUAAUCCGGAACUUAAAAAAAAAAACAGAAGUGGAGAGAAAUGGCAAGUCCUCCGGCGACAGGAGGAGGAGGAGGGGGACACCUGUUAUCCAACGGGACAAGCGGGGUGAAGAAGUGCGGGUACCUGAGGAAACAGAAGCACGGGCACAGGCGCUUCUUCGUGCUGCGGGAGCCCACGGAGCGCCACCCCGCCCGGCUCGAGUACUACGAGAGCGAGAAGAAGUGGAGGAACAAGUCCGCGGCCAAACGGGUCAUCGCUCUGGACUCCUGUUUGUGCGUAAACAAGCGCGCCGACGCCAAACACAAGCACCUCAUCGCCCUCUACACCAAGGACGAGUACUUCGCCGUGGCUGCGGACACCGAGCGGGAGCAGGAGAGCUGGCAUGGGGUGCUGACUGACGUCAUAGCGGAGGGGAAGGUGUACGACACCCCCGCGUCCACGUCCUCUUUAGUGGGCUUUGAGGAAUCCAGCUAUGGACUCAUGACUCCGGCUGCAGCCGUCUACAAGGAGGUGUGGCAAGUCAACUUAAAAUCCAAAGGUUUGGGUCAGAUCAAGAAUCUGACCGGGGUGUACCGGUUGUGUCUGUCCAGCAGAACCAUCAGCUUCGUGAAGCUGAACUCAGAGACAGCCGCGGUGAGUCUGCAGCUCAUGAACAUCCGGAGGUGCGGACACUCCGAUAGUUUCUUCUUUAUUGAAGUGGGCAGGUCUGCGGUGACCGGGCCCGGGGAGUUCUGGAUGCAGGCGGAGGACCCGGUGGUGGCGCAGAACGUCCACGAGACCAUCCUGGAGGCCAUGAAGGCCAUGAAGGAGCUGUCGGAGUUCCGGCCGCGCAGUAAGAGCCAGUCUUCCAGCACUAACCCGAUCUCGGUGCCGACGCGGCGCCACCUCAACAACCUGCCCCCGAGCCAGACUGGACUGGUGAGGCGGUCCAGGACGGACAGCAUGGCGGCUACAUCCCCGGGGAGGAAGUUCACUUCCUGUCGGGUGAGAACUGCAAGUGAAGGGGAUGGAAGCGUGACCCGACCUGUAUCCAUGUCCAUAUCUGUGACCGGAAGUCCCACGAGUCCGAGCUCUGGAAGUCUGAGCAGGUGCCACACCCUGAGCAGCGGGCGCACCUGCAGGAUGCUGGAGUCUUCCUCCAACUCCCCCCCUGCCGCCUCCAGCCCCAUCAGCAUGUCUCCCAGAGGGGGCGGCGGCGUCUGCACUCCGGACGGGGCGAGGCGACCCUUCAGCUGCAGUGCCUCCAUCUCUGGCUCCCUCAGCGACGCUGGCUUCCUGCUGUGCGACGACUACAGCUCGAGCCCCGGGGAGCCCAGGUUCCUCCCCCUGACCCGCAGCGACACCCCGGACUCUCUGUCCAGCACGCCGCCGUCCCGCGACAUCAGCGACCCCUACAUGACGAUGGAGGGGUCGAGCAGGUCCGGGCUCGACAAGGCGUACAGGAAGCGCACGCACUCCCUCACCACGCCGCGCCAGCAGCGGGUGCUGACGCCUCUGUCCUCGGCCUCCCUCGACGAGUACACCCUCAUGAGGAUGAACUCGCACUCCGCCUCCCCCAAGGUGUGUUACCCAGAGGAUUACGGCGACAUCGAGAUCGGGUCAUCCCGGAGCUCCAGUAGUAACCUUGGCGAUGACGGCUACAUGCCAAUGACGCCAGGUGUCGCCUCCCAGUCCGCUAAAGUGGAUAACUACGUCCCCAUGAGCCCCAUGUGCGUCUCAGCACCCAAGCAGAUCGUGAACCCGAGGGUGCACCCGCAGGCGGCCGCCCCGUACAAGACCAGCUCCCCCUGCAGCAGCUCCCUGGAGGACAACGGCUACAUGAGGAUGUGGUGCGGCUCCAAAUCCUCCAUCGAGAGCCCGGACCGGCAUGGUGAGUACAUGAACAUGUCGCCCGGGAACCCGCCCCCUCUCCAGACCCCCCCUGACUACUACUUGCUGGCUGCGGAUCCCGCUCACCAGGCGGGCUCCCUGACACUUCCUGCUAAACUCCAAACCCCGAAGAGUGAAGAAAGCAACCAGUACGUGCUGAUGAGUCCUCACAGCGGGAGGCAAAGGCCGGGGGAGUCCGAUUAUUAUUCUGUGGUACACCCGGGUCAGACCUCCCCGCUGAGCCCUUCAGUCCCCUCCCCGGUCAGGCACGGCCGGGCAGAAAGCCUGCCGUACAGAGGACGGCUCGGGAGACCCAACAGGCUGUAUCUGGACACCCUGAGGACCCUGCCCAGCAUGAACGAGCACCCUCUUCCGGGGGAGCCUCGGAGCCCCGGGGAGUACAUCAACAUCGACUUCAGCGGCCCCAGGUACUCCCCGCCCACAGAGAGCCGGUCUUCAUCUCUGGGAUCCAGCGGCGGGGGGCCGGGGAGGUCGUCUCUGACGGACUACAUGAACCUGGAGCUGGGCUCACGCUCACCUAAGGAGGCCGACAAGACAAGGCAAGAGGAGGGUGGAGUGUACCACCUGGAGAACGAGAAGGGGUCUGAUGUGAAAGGUGACUACACCGAGAUGAGCUUCGGGAUGACCAGCUCACCUCCUCAGCUGGUUCCUCAGAACGCAGCAAGCCAGAUGAGCAGAGACAGGCAACGUUCACUGGAGGACCAGGGAGUCCCAGAAAGCAUCGGGGUGUUCCUGCUCGGCGGCCCCUCUUCCUCCACGCUGGACCCCGACUGCUCCGCUAAGGUGAUCCGGGCUAACCCGCAGGGACGCCGGCGCCACAGCUCCGAGACCUUCUCCGCCACCGCCACGGUGACGCCCGUCUUCCCGUCUUUUGCGCGCGGGGACGCGGUCAAGAGGCACAGCUCGGUGGAGAACAUCUCGUCCCGGAGCAGCGAGGGCUCCGACGAGGAGUACGGCAGCCCCGUGAACCAGCGGAGCUCGGCCAGGUACCCCAGCGGACUGAACUACAUCGCCUUGAACCUGCUGGACAACAGGGACGUGGAGAAGUGCGAGGACUUGUCUGGAUUCAAAGCCGCCAGCAGCUGCAAAGGCGGCAUGCACGGAUUACACAGCUCACCAUAUGUCUGUUUGGGAUUCAAAGAGGCUGCAACUACUGCCAAAGACUGAAGGACUCCUCUAUCCUCGGGAUCGGUGUCUUCACUGAACUGCUGCUCAAAAACAAGAAGAGAAACUAAAAACUGUGUGUGGCCCUAAAAGACUGUCUGGACCCUCACACACACACAUGGGGAAACAAGCAGGUCACCAUCAAUGCAUGUCAUGAAUUUGGCUGAAGGCCGGACAGGUGUGUUUGUGUGUACGAGUGGAUGUGUGUGCGUUUGUGUGUGUCUCAUGUUCCCUGCGCUUUCAGAGGCCCAUUUCUGCUCUGACCCAAAUCUUGGCGCAAAGCACAGAAGGAAAGAUAGUCAAGACAAUAAGAAAACUCUAAUGGUACCCAGAUACUAUUUAUUUACUUGAGGCUGGUUUUAUGACUGGCUGUGUGUGUGUGCGAGUGUGCUUCAGAGACACAACCAACCGGUAUGCCUGUGAGAAAUGAAACUUUAAAACGGCCCAGGGAAUGAUGAUACCAAGGUACACUGAGUAAAUAGCUAUAUUUAGAUUUAGAUAUUUUAUUUAUUUUUGAAAGAUGAAUGUCUGAUAAGACCUACCCGAUGCCUUAAUGUCUAUACUGUCCUUAUGUUUUCUAUGAAAUAAGAGAUAAAUAUUCUAUUUGGACCGGAGUCUCUAUAUUGUUAUUCUGUUGAUAAAAGUAAGAAGUCUAGCUUAACAUGCCAGAAAUGUACAAUACAGGGAGGCUGCUUGAGACCAGAUUUAUCGUAUUAAUAUUAAAGUAUUUUCUUAAUUAAUAAUUUCUUAUUUAUUCUAACCUAGUUUUAUUUUUGUCCAAUCAAAGAGCUGGACUUA